AUGCCCGUGCGCGGAUCGCUGCGCGAGCACGGGUACCACUACGCGGAGGUCGCGCUCGGGACGUUCGAUCCCCCGCGGUUUUUCCAAGUCAUCGUCGACACCGGGUCGUCGUACCUCUACGUCCCGUGCGGCGACUGCGGGGAGAAAUGCGGGACGCACACGAACGCGACGUACGACCUGGCCCACUCCACGACCGGGCUCGGCGUCCUGUGCACCGACAGGGACUGCCCGACGACGUGCCCGCGCGCGCGCGGUCGCGGGCGGCGGCGGCGGCGGCUCCUCGGCGCCGACGGCGGCGGCGACGUCCCGCGGUGCGAAUUCUCCGCGAGCUACGCGGAGAUGAGCUCCGUGCGCGGGCGCGUCGUGCGCGAUAGGAUACACCUCGGCGAAGAGAUCGGCGCCGUGGACGUGACGUUCGGGUGCACGAUGGAGGAGAAGGGCAGCAUCUUCCGGCAGGAGGCGGAUGGGCUCAUGGGGAUGGGACGCGCCAACGACAUGUCCAUGCCGGUGCAGCUGAGCCGUCGCCACGGCCUCGCGGACGUGUUCUCGCUGUGUUACAACAACUUCACCGGC